AGGCACUCGGAGCGCGUCCUCUCAGCACCAGGAUCGCCAACGUCUGGGCGGCUCGCCGUUUGAGUCAUCGAGAAAGAGAAAAACAAAAAUAGCGAAAGGGGGCUGCCUGCAUAUUUCGCAACGAUUUCGGCCGGGCUCGAACUCGUCAUCCUCUGCCCUGCGUGGGAAGCCCACUGGCCGCUAAUCAAGAAUCGCAGAAGGAGGAACACAAGAAGGAGCAGAAGAAGAAGGCGACACGAUCUCCGCGCCGCCGCUGUGAAUUCUUCGAUGUCCGGCCAGUUGAUGGACCUCAGCCGCGGCUGACACAACGCGCAUCCCGAGUAGCGGAGCCGUGCAUUCUGGGAAGGCAGCAGGGAGAGUUCUGCAUGUGCUGACUGCGGGUCCAACCUUCUCGCCUCUCGGAUCUCCAAGAAGACGCGGGCAGAAGACCACCUCGCCCUCACUCCUCCUCUCCCUCCCCCCCAACCCCAUCCCUUCAAUCCCUACGUUUGAGCAGGGGGGCUCCCAACUCGACGGACGCAGCGAGGUCCACCCCCCAGGUCCUCUCCUCAGGUGACAGACAUGUCGGCCAGGCUGAUCUGCGCACUUCUUCCCGUCCUGCUGAACCCGACGCAUGCCCAGCACACAGAUGAGAUCGAGUGCCACUGCUACACCCCCACAUGUAACACAACCUGUUUCGGCUUCAGGUGCUUCGCCUCGGUGGACAAUGGUGUCCACCAGAAGGGCUGCCUACAGAAGGAGUACAGCCGGCAGUGCUUUGGGCCGAAGGUCCAGACCUUUGCCAUUCAGUGCUGCAACGUGUCCUUCUGCAAUGCCCGCGACGUCGUCAUCCCCCCCGCCGAGCUGCCGGUCCACAAGCUGCUCCUCAGCACCCUCAUCCCAGCGGCGGUCCUCGUCCUGCUGAUCCUGGGGUUCCUGCUGUACAGACUGCGCCUCCGGGGCGAGCAGAAGGGCCAGAGCGAGCAGGAGCACAAAUGUCUGGAGGUGGUGGGCACACCCAGCGCCGGGGACAGCAGCCUGGGGGACAUGUUCAGUGAGUUCCUCACCUCGGGCAGCGGCUCUGGUCUGCCAUACCUCGUUCAAAGGACGGUGGCCAGGCAGAUAUCCCUGAUGGAAUGUGUAGGGAAAGGCCGAUACGGCGAGGUGUGGCGGGGGACGUGGAUGGGGGAGAACGUGGCCGUCAAGAUCUUCUCAUCCCGCGACGAGCAGUCGUGGUUCAGGGAGACAGAGAUCUACAACACGGUGCAGCUGAGACAUGACAACAUCCUGGGCUUCGUGGCUUCGGACAUGACGUCCAAGAACUCGAGCACCCAGCUGUGGCUCAUCACGCACUACCACGAGAACGGCUCGCUCUACGACUACCUGCAGCACACGGCCGUGGACCCCAAGGGCUGCCUGCGCUUCUGCUUGUCCAUCACCUGCGGCCUGGUCCACCUGCACACCGAGAUCUUCAGCACGCAGGGCAAGGCGGCCAUCGCCCACCGUGACCUCAAGAGCCGCAACAUCCUGGUCAAGAAGAAUCGGCAGUGCUGCAUCGCCGACCUGGGCCUUGCCGUCAUCCACUCGGAGCUGACAGACUCCCUGGACAUUGGGAACAACCCGCGCGUCGGCACCAAGCGCUACAUGGCCCCCGAGGUGCUGGACGAGACCAUCCGCACGGACUGCUUCGAGUCCUACAAGCAGACGGACAUCUGGGCGCUGGGACUGGUCAUGUGGGAGAUCGUGAGGCGCACCUUCAUCAGCGGUAAGGGGGGGGUCUGGCCCAAUGGGGGGGGGCACCAUGGGGACUUGCUGCUCACUGGACCCUUCUUCACUGCAGGAAUCGUGGAGGACUACAAGCCGCCCUUCUAUGACAAGGUGCCCACCGACCCGAGCUUCGAGGACAUGAAGAAGGUGGUCUGUGUGGACCAGCAGAGGCCCACCAUCCCGAACAGGAUCUACUCGGACAGCAUAUUAACGACCAUUGCCAAGAUCAUGAAGGAGUGCUGGCACCAGAGCCCAUCGGCCAGACUGACCGCCCUGCGCAUUAAAAAGACCCUCUUCAAGCUGGACGGCUCCCAGGACAGUCAGCUCAAAGUGGACCCCUAGGCCCCCGCGUCACUUGUAUGUUCGAGUGACCCCCUGGUGAGCAGGCCCGAGCUGGAAGCUGCCCCUUGCUGACCCCGUCGCCGCUCAGGUCUGUCUUUCUCGUCAUAUGUGACGUGGCCCGCUGAGGACUAUGGCGCUCCUUGUUGCCCGCUCUGCAGACCGGAGGCCGUCAGCUGCGUCACUUUUGUGUUUUUAUUCACUUUCUGGGAUUCUUCAAUAAAUUGCACUUCAUUGAAAAAA